CCACGACAUUCCUUUCAUUCCGAUCCAAUCGUAGUACUGCAGUUUUGCCAUAUUGCCGAUUUUAUGUAUAGAAUUUUCUACGUGUGAUUAGUGAACAUUCGCACUACAAUAUCGUCGCAGUCGUGGAAAUUCAUAAAACUUGGAUUUUAGUUGUUAAAGUUCAUCAUAAAUACUAGUGAAAUUCACGUUUUAUUUUACUUACACAAUUUGAUAUAUUCCGGAAUUUUUAUUGACAGCGAUAUGCUGUCCAUUUUCCGUGUGCAACGAUAUUAAUUUGACGUCGCCAGAAAUUAAUUUUUAUCAUUGAAUUAUAAUACAAUACUUUGCCGUGAAAGCCAUGGCCGAGGUUGUUGUAUUUGAUAUAGAACUACAAAACAAUGAUGCUUCUAAACAACCAAAAAACAAUAGUGACUCUGACGAUGAGUUAUUGGAAAUUGAAGAGGCUUGUUAUGUUCAAGAGCCUAAUAUUUAUGAAUAUGAUGAAAAGUCAAGCGAUGUUGAAACUUUAAAGUUAUCUGAUAAAACUGUAAAUCAAACAAAGGAAAAGCUAUCCCCAGAAUGUUUCAGUAUUUUGAAAGUUUUGGGCAAAGGUGGCUAUGGAAAAGUAUUUCAAGUUAGAAAAAAAACUGGUAAAGAUGCAAAUCGCAUAUUUGCUAUGAAAGUUCUUAGAAAAGCUACGAUAGUACGAAAUUCUAAAGAUAUGGCUCAUACUAAAGCUGAACGAAACAUCCUUGAAGCUGUUAAGCAUCCAUUUAUUGUCAGUUUAUAUUAUGCAUUUCAAACAAAUGGAAAAUUAUAUCUCAUUUUAGAAUAUUUAAAUGGAGGUGAACUUUUCAUGCAUUUGGAACGUGAAGGAAUUUUUUUAGAAGACACAGCAUGUUUUUAUUUAGCAGAAAUUAUUAUUGCUAUACAACAUUUACAUAGUCAAGGCAUUAUAUAUAGAGAUUUAAAACCAGAAAAUGUUUUAUUGGAUCAUGAAGGGCAUUUAAAGUUAACAGAUUUUGGUCUGUGUAAAGAACAUGUUCAUGAGGGUAGUGUGACCCAUACCUUUUGUGGUACAAUUGAAUACAUGGCACCAGAAAUAUUAACUAGAAGCGGCCAUGGAAAACCUGUUGAUUGGUGGUCACUAGGCGCUUUAAUGUUUGAUAUGUUAACUGGAACUCCCCCAUUUAGUGCUGAUAACAGAAAAAAAACAAUUGAAAAAAUUCUUAGAGGAAAACUUAUUAUGCCUCCUUAUGUAUCUCCUGAAGCAAAAGAUUUAAUGAGAAAGUUACUUAAGAGGCAAGUAAGCCAUAGACUUGGUUCAGGUCCAAAUCAAGGAGAUGACAUAAAAAAUCAUCGUUUCUUCCAAAAAAUUGUGUGGAGAGAUAUUAUUAAUCGUUCUUGUGAGGCUCCAUAUAAACCAAAAUUAGCAGGCGCAGAAGAUACUACUCAGUUUGACUCCAGAUUUACUAAUCAACUUCCAGUUGAUUCACCUGUUGAAGACUCAUUUAUGCCACAUGAUAAUGAUGAAUUCAAAUUUGAUGGUUUCACCUACAUAGCACCAUCUUUAUUAGAUACUUUUGGAACAAGUACAGGUCGCGACCAUGCAAUUAAUGCUCAUCAUAGAGCAGAAGAAACUAUGGAAAAAUCAAUGGAAGAAGAAGACCAUUUUCCCAAAAAUGUAAUGCAAAAAAAACAAAAACUUGACCCAAGAAUACAUAAGUCAACACCAACUAUAGUUCAAGCUGGAUGCUGUGAUUCCAAAAAAUCUACAGACCAAUUUCAUAGAGUGGUACCUAGAAAUCUUAAUCCAUUUAGUGAUUUUGAACACAUAGCUUCAACUUGUGCCCAAUUAUCAGCAACUAGGAUUGAUGAAGAAAUGGAAACUGAAAAAUCCUCAUCUCAAUCACCAUUACCAUCCCCGUACCCAAAUGUAAUUAGAUCUAAUCCAGUUGCCAUGAAUCAACCUCGAAUUGUUAGGCCUAAUACUACAAAUCGUAGAGAAAUUGAUCAAUCAAGGUUAUUUGAUGCGUGUGCAAGACCUUUUACGAGUCAUUCAGCCCGACAACCAUAUAGACCUCAUGUGUUGACUACUGUCAAUAGUAAUACUUUCCUAAAUCAGAACCAAGAUGAGAUGAUGGAAGUUGCAUCUACGUCUAGUAUUCCAGCUCAAAUAUAAAUGUUAAAGAUAAUCGUGUUUAGAAGAAGACCCAUUUCCAAACAAUUGAUACUGUUACCUUAUUUUGAAGUGAUAUUUUACUUACCAUUGUAGACCUUGGCUACUUGUAAUGACUCAUUGGUGGUUAAAUCAUCAAACAUUAGAGAUUUAUUUAAGUCAUUGUAUAAUUUUUUUUUUUAAUUUACUAGGGUCAUAAAUGAAGUAGCAAUUUUGUUACUUUAAAUAAAAAAUAGAAAGAAUGUUAAUAACCUGUAUAGAUAAAAUAUACUUCUAAAAUAGUUAUGUUAGUAUUAUUUUUUGUUAUUAUCCAGUAAUUAUAAUUUAAGUAGUAGCUGAGGUCUAAUUUACCAUUUUGUUGCCGUAAACUUCAUAUUGCUCUAUUUCAAUCUUAAUUUUAUGUUAUUCAUUACCUAACUAAUUAUGGAAAUAGUUUUCAUUAAAAAGAUACCGUGAUAUUGACAUUAUCGGUCACCUUGUGAUCGCUAAAAUUUAUUAUAUUAAUUUUGUUUUUCUUUAUCUUACCACAUUAGAGUUAUUGUUAUUUAGCUAAAUUAUUAAUCCAGUGUUUUAUAUUUAAUUAUUUCUUUAUAAUUUGUUUUAUUUGCCUAUUAAAAAAUAUUUGUGAAAGCUAGUUAAUUAUAAUUUGGGAUUAGUAUUACUAUAUAAUUAAAAGAAAAGAUAAAUUGCAAAAGAAUUAGUUGCAAAUGUUUGGCAUUAAGGUUAGUAGACCUUGACCAAUUAUACCAAUAGCUCUAAAUUUUACAAUUGGGUAAUAAUGUUUGCUACUUUUAAUAUUUUGCAAUAUGAAACUUAAAAUAGUUAUAUAUUUUAUUGAAAAAAACUUCAAUUGUAAAAACUUAAUAGUUCAUUUUAUAUGAACUCGCUGCAAAAUUUUAUUGUUUAGUUUAUGUUUAAAUCGAAUUUAAAUAUACUUUUGUUAGACCAAAUUUUAUGUAUUAUUAGAUAAAAGUUCUAGUUUUAUUUUUAUUGUUUUUUUCCUAGAAAAAUUAUGGAGUAGUAAGCCUUAGAUGAAUAUUGCAGUAGUUUCUUAACUUUUUUUAUUUUUAUUUUUGUCAAAACAUUGCUUACGUUAUUUGAUAAAAAUAGUAAUGAAUAUACAUAUUAUUAUAAAUGUCUCAUAGAUUUAACAAUUUAUAAAACUUGUGAUUAUGCAGACUCGUAUUUUUUUAUUAAUGUUAAUAUUUUUACCAAACCAAAUAAAAAUAUGUUAAUUAAGUAACAUACAUGCAUUGUAAUUAAUACUUUUAAAAUUGUUCAAUUUUUAAUGUACAGAGAUUUUUGAUGAAUUUUAAAACGAAACUACUGUGUUCAUUAUAGUAAAUAAUGUGUUAUGUUAAUUAUUAUUAUAUUUACUUUUAAGGCUGUAGGUUAUAAAAAGCCUAUUAUUGUACACCAGUAAUGAAUUAUGAAAUUGAGAUGAAUGUAAAACAAUGAAUAAAUUAUCUUGUUUAUAUUA